UUGCAGUUAUACUUGGCCCUGCUUAUUCUAUUUCCUUGUCUAUUUCUGCCUAUCAUGCUUGAUUGCUAGUUGCUUGUCAAAUUGUUAUUAAUAUGGAAGAUAUAAUGUUGCUAUUUUUUAAAAAAAACAGAACAUGGCAAACCGUGAAUGGAUGUAUAAUGGCUGGUCCCGUGGGCAGUCUCCCUCUCAUGAGUGGAUUGAAAACACAAACAAUUUUUUAGAUCGUGCAUUCUCCAUGUUGAGUCUGGUUGAAAAUGACACCAUUAAGUGCCCGUGUGCCUUAUGUCGAAACUAUGUUAGGCACAAAAGAUUUGAUGUAGAGAUCCACUUGUGUAAAAAUGGGUUUAGGGAUGACUACAGAAUAUGGACAUCACAUGGAGAGAGACAUGUUGAAGUUGGAAGUGAUGAGAGUUCUUGUGAAGCUGAUCAUAUGGAUGAUAUGUUAGCUGACCUAGGUGGUUACCAUGCACCAACAAUUGAUGAGGGGCCUACAGCCUCGGCACGUGCUUUUUAUAGGAUGGUUGCUAGUGCUGAUGAACCAGUCCAUGAGAACACAACACACUCAUCUCUCUCUGCUAUUGCACGGUUGCUAGCUUUGAAAUCACAGUAUAAUAUGUCAGUGGCACACUUUGAAGCAAAUCUAGAAUUAAUCAGUGAACUUCUGCCUCCUGGGUCUAAGAUUCCUAAGGACUUCUACCAAUCGAAGAAAUUAUUGGAUGGUUUGGGUAUGCCAUAUGUGAAAAUUGAUGUGUGUUAUAACAACUGCAUGCUUUACUAUAAAGGGAAUGAAAAUAAAGAAAAGUGUGAUGUUUGUGGUACCUCACGCUAUGAGGAAGGUCGUAAUAGAGUCCCACGCAAAGUGUUGAGGUACCUUCCCAUCAAAGAUAGGUUACAAAGACUAUAUGCCCAUGAAAAGACAGCAAAUAUGAUGCAAUCUCACAAGCAGUCCAGAUCUGGUAUGAUGAAGCACCCAUGUGAUGGGAAAGCAUGGCAACAGUUUGACAUAGACUUCCCAGAAUUCGGUGAUGACCCUAGAAAUGUGCGCCUUGCUGUGGCAACAGAUGGUUUUACACCCUUCAGUAUGAAUGCAGCUCCGUAUUCAUGUUGGCCUGUUUUUGUUACUCCAUUGAAUCUUCCACCCGGUGUUAUCAUGAAGUCGGAGUACAUAUUCCUUGCCCUUGUAGUUCCUGGUCCUGAGCAUCCUGGAAAGAAACUAAACAUACUAAUGCAACCUUUAGUGGAUGAACUACUAAGCUUGUGGGAGGGGGUUGAUGAAACAUGGGACGCUUCACGCAAGCAGAAGUUUAAAAUGCGAGCAGCUUAUUUAUGGUCAAUACAUGAUUUUCCUGCCUAUGGUAACUUUUCUGGAUGGAGCACUCAUGGUAGGCUCGCAUGCCCAGUAUGCUUGUGUGACAGUAAUGCAUUUAAUUUAUGUAAUGGCCGCAAAGCAUGUUGGUUUGAUUGCCAUAGGCGCUUCUUACCUAGAGAUCAUGAAUUCAGAUCUCAAGCUAAUGCAUUUAGAAAGAAUACGGUGGUGCAUGAAGAGCCCCCAAGAGUCAUCCAAGAAUUCUGAAGAUACUGCUCAAAAUAGAGGAGGUUCACGGAAUUUUUCUGAGACACAACAACUCCUGGAACACAAUUUUGGUCUUGAGAAGGGUAGCACUAUAAACACAUAUGCUGUAAUGAAAUCUGGUUAUAAAAUUGUGGACAGCACGGGUAGGAGUGGUCCAAUACCCAGCCAAAAAGCACAAAGACGCUUGGAUGACUACAAAGAACUAGCUUCAGAUGAGAACUCACAUGAACUGGAUGGAAAGGCACUGUAUACCAUGGGACGUGGUAUGAAGCAUGGGCGUGUUCCAAUUGGCGAUGGUGCUGUGGACAAGGAAACUAUUCUAGUUCAUCGAUUGUCUGUUCCUUUUAAGCCAGUCAAUCCUGAUGAUUAUGAAAGGGUGAUCAAAGAAAAUGAGCAGCUGAAACAGACUAAUCAGAUACUCCAUGAUGAAAAUGGUGUUAAUCGUGCACUGAUCAUGGCAAUGUAUGCUGAUUUUGGAAAAGAACCGCCUGCAGAGCUGCUGUCCCAUCUAGAAAAUAUUGAUGCACGUCGUCAACAGAAUGCCAAUAUGAGUUGCAGCAGUGAACAGGUGGCUUCCUGUUGAUUAGAAAUGGCAGUCUUAGAUUUAAUUCCAUGGCUGUUGGCUCAUCACAUGGAGGCUCUCACUCAGUUGAUAGGCGCGAUGAAAGCGACGAUGAUGACACUUACAAUGAAAGCGAUGCCGACGAUGACGACGACGACGACGUCGAUGAUGAUGCCUCCUUUG